AUUUUUUAUUUAAACCGGCUUCCAAGAGCCAUUUAUUUGAAUUAAGCUCAUAUUCAACUAUAACUGAUGCAGGUGCUCCCUAGUUUCCUGCCAAAACACAUCUUUGCUUUUCAAUAUUCAAAUCUAUUUCAAGUUUUAAAAUCCAUCCCUACCCCUCUAGAUAUCCUAGAAUGGACAGAGUGAGAGCGAACAUACAGAGAAUUGGAGACAUGGAUGUGAAGAAUGCAGGACCUCUGGUUGAUUCUCUGAUGUCUUCCUUUAAUACGCGAAUCGCAAAGCUGCAGGAACUCGUAAUUGCCUGGAAGAUGUACCAGCUAGUAGUGUCGUUGAUUUGUCGGCAGUGUGACGCGGCAGUGAAGGCCAUGGAGCAGCAAAUACAGGCGAUCAAGGACCGAUUGAACGAAGAGACCGAGGCUAUUCCCAAAGCCAUAUUUGGAUUUCACUUUUCUUCCAGGAGCUCCUAAACAGCAAACCGAUGUUGGGUUGAUGAAACCAGACGAGCCACCAGUACUGCACAAGGAGUGUGACUCUUUUGUAAAGAACAGAAGCAUAGCACUAAUAGAUGGUUUUACAAGAACAGAAUAAGUACCAGUGUACAUUCCUCUCUCUAAAAUCUGCUUGUUUUGGUCAAUUAUAGGAGGAAAGGGGUCGUGGCUCUCCACCAUUAUGGUAGAUUACUGCUCAUCGAUUAUACAUUUUCUUUUUGAUGAAUGGACUCUGUUUGCACCUAUUUUAUCCAUUAAAUUGGUUAACCUGCAUGGAGCAACUAGUAGUCUAUGACUGGUGAUGAGGACAAAAGUUUAAUUUGUUGUUGAAUUCUCCAAUGUGACAACAGUUACUAGAUAUAGAG